AUGAACCCCAACGCCGCCCCCAACGCCUUCUCCUACCCCGGCGCCGGCGGCAUUAACCCCGCCCUCCUCGCAUCCAUGCACGGCGGUGGCGGCGCCGCCCCCGCCCCCGCCCCCGCCCCCGCCGUCCAGCAGCCGGGCAACAAGUUCCCCUACGGUGGCGGCCUCGGCGGCAUCAGCCUCAACCCCCAGAUGUUCCAGCCCGGCGCCGGCCCCGCCGCGGGCCUCAUGAGCUUCACGCCCCAGCAGUACCAGCAGCUCGCCCAGAUGAAGGCCAUGGGCAUGCGCGCGCCGGGCAACGUCAACAUGAACCCGAACAUGAACGCGAUGCAGCCCCACCAGCAGCAGCAGCAGUCGUUCCCGCCGGGCUUCGCGAUGGGCCAGCCGCAGCCGCACGACGCCCAGCCCCCGUUCUUCAACGAGCGCAGGCCGUCCUCGAGCGCGUCGCACUCGUCCGCGCACAUGCCGCAGAAUAUGAACCCCAACAUGUCCAUGUCCAUGCCCCCGCCCGCCUCCGUGCCCCCGCGCCCGCCGACCGCCGCCCCGCCCUCGCGCCCGCCCACGCAGUCGCCGUACCACGGCGUCAAGCGCAAGCUCCCCGGCGCGGGCGCGGAGAGCCCGCGCCUCGGGAUGGGGCACCCGGGGCAAGGCGCGAGCGUGAAUGGCGCGCCGCAGACGCCGCGCGUGGGGUCGGCCGGCCCUGGUCCUGGUACGCCUGCGAAUGCGAGUGGUGGGGUGGGCAUGGGCAUGAAUAUGAAUAUGAAUAUGGUGCCGGGUGCUGGUGGCGUAGCGGGAGGGCUCCCUGGAGAGAUUAAGCGCCAGCCCUCGGGCGCGCCCGACGGGAUGUUCGCGCAGAAGAACGCGUCCGGGCCCGCAGGGACGAGCGCCCCCGCGCCGCGCCCCGCAGCGAACCCGCCGCCCGCGCUCCCGCGCCCCGUCUCGCUCAACCCCGCGACCACGCGCGUGACCGUCGUCCCCCUCGCCGGGUCCGACGCCACCAUCCCCGCGCUCUCCCAAGCCGAAAUCGAGAAAGUCAAGGAGUGGAUGCAGGUGGAUAAGGAGUAUGAGGAACGGCUGCGCGGGAUGAAGGGAAGGAUGGAGCUGGAGGUGCGCGAGGGGUGGGUGAAUGGCGUGAGGGAGGUGGGCGGUGUGAAUGGGAGUGUGGGCCGGGCGGCGUGGUGGGAGAAGGAUGGUGCGCCCGGGGCGGGCGGGAGGAGAAGGGAGAAGUUUGGGAUUACGUACCCCAAGAGUGGGAAGGAGGGGCGGAGGAAGGUCGGGAGGCGGGAGGGGAUGAAGCUGCCGCGCAAGAUCGACCCGCGAGACGCGGACCGCCCGGAGCAGCUCGUGCCCAUCCGCCUCGAGUUCGACGUCGAGCACCACAAAAUGCGGGACACGUUCGUCUGGAACCUCAACGACCCGGUCGUGACCCCGGAGCUCUUCGCGCAGUCCGUCGUGGACGACUAUGCCCUCCCGCAGGCGUACCACGGCGUCAUCACCAAGUCCAUCCAGGAACAGCUGAGCGACUACCAGGCGCACGCCGCCGGCGCAGAGGCGGCGGAGGCGCUGCGCGGCCGCCUGGACGGAGAGGAGGCCGCGUGGUGGGAGAGCUGGCGGAAGCGCCUGCGCACUAGGGGGGGAUUCGUGAGGAAGGGCAAGAGGAAGGAGGAGGGCGAGGGCGAGGGGGAUGUGGGACGGGCGUAUAAACUGGACGAGCUGGAGGUGGGGGAGGAGGGGGCCAGGGAGGAGAUGAGGAUUGUUAUCAAGCUGGAUAUUAUUGUGGGGAGUAUCAAGCUCGAUGACCAGAUUGAGUGGGAUCUCAAUAAUGAGAAUGCGUCCCCUGAGCACUUUGCGGAGGUGUAUGGGAAGGAGCUGGGGCUUGCUGGGGAGUUCAUCACGGCCAUCGCCCAUUCCAUUCGUGAACAAAUUCAGACAUUCCAGAAAUCGCUCUUCCUCGUCGGCCACCCCUCCGACGGCUCCGCCGUGCAGGACGACGACCUGCGCAUGACCUUCCUCCCGCCGCUCGCCUCCGCCGCGCGCGCGCUCGACCAAGUGCCCGCCUUCACGCCCACGCUCAACUACCUCGACGACAGCGAGAUCGAGAAGAGCGAGCGCGAGCGCGAGAAGGAGGCGACGCGCCGGCGCAAGCGCAACACGCGCGGGCGGCGCGGCGUCGCGCUGCCCGACCGCGAGCCGCUGCGCACGUACCGCACGCCCGCGCUCGGGUUCCCCGAGGUCGACGCGGCGACGCUCGCGGCCGCGGCGAUGGCGAACGUGCCGACGAGGCGCGCGGCCGCGGCCGCGGCGUCGCUGACGAUUGCGAAUAUGGUCGCGUCGGAGAACGGGACGAUCGUCGCGACGCCGCAGAUGCCGGUUAGUUUGCUGCCGUCGGCGGCGGGGAGGGAGGCGAAGGAGAAGAAGGCAAGGGGCUUGUUCAAGCCGCCCGAGCUGCCGCCGGCUGCGUUCAGACCACGCGCGAAGGUGAAGGCGCCCACGGAGUCGACGGCGAUGGAUACGUCGCUCCUGCCGCCGCCAUUGGAGAAUGAUCCGCCGGUAUCUACUGCGGGCUCGGGCCCGCCGGAUAGCAGGAUGUCGGUGAAGCCUGGGAAGGUAAAGACUGCCCGCGAGCUGGAGAGGGAGGCGAAGGAGAAGGAGUAUGCGGACGGGCAGCAUCCCAAUUUCAUUGAUGGCGUCUGGCAUUGCUCGAACUGCGGCUGUCCUGAGAGUAUCGCUGUCGGCAGGAGGAAGGGGCCGCUGGGUGACAAGACGCAGUGCGGGCAGUGUGGUAAAUUCUGGCACCGGCAUAGACGACCCCGGCCGGUCGAUUACAAUAGCAGCGCGGAGUACCAUCGCAACCUGAUGGAAGAGGCGGAGCGAGCCAAAGUGAUGGCACGCAAGAAAGGAGGAGCGGCAGCACUACGCGCGAUGAGUACCGCCACUGAGCAAGAUCCACCGCCUAGCGCCGGGCCCUCUGGUUCCAGCUCGCGACCUUCCAGGCCGAACUCCGUCGCGAGAACGGGUGGUCGAGCGCAGUUGUGGGUAGAAGUGCCCCCUCCGCAGACGCCUGUUACUGCCGGGGAAGGGGAGGAUGACAGCAAGGACGCGAUAUCGCCGAUAUCGAGCGGAAGCUCGAGUGCAUCGGAGUCGCCGCUCGCUCAUAGGAUCCGGCCCAAUGGAGUCAAUCAUUCCAACCAAUCGUCAACACCCGCGCCCAGACCGACGUCGACUGCAGAUGCGCAGGGUUCUGUCGUCUCGUCUCAACCGCCCUCGGCGCACCCGAAGCCUCCCUCUUCAAACCAUAAUAAUGUUUCGACGGAACCGCCUGAGUGGCUCUCCGCUGCCAUGCAAGCGAUGCGGGAGCGAUAUCCUCAGGAUCGCUUCGAGACUAUCCUCAAAAAACUGAAUCCAAAUGCGUCACCGGAAUGGCGCAUCAAGUGUCUGGACUGUCCGGGCAAGCUGUAUACCCCUGGCCCGGGUGAAACCCUCUCAAAUUACGAAGUCCAUCUGAAGAAUAGACAGCAUCGACAACGGGUGACUAACCGCGUGAACGAGUCGUCUACAUCAUAGAUGUCGGACGUUGUAUAUCCGUUAGUACAAGCCUGUGUGAUAUUUUCCGCUGUCUCGUUAUUACUAUCAGCUGCUGUUGUUUGCAUUGUUCGGGCUGUGACCGCUGUCAUUGUAUUGUUAUUCGGAUGUAUAUCUACAGCCUUAUUGCAUCGUAUUGUUGGAUAAAAUUAGC